AUGUCCGACCCCCACAACGACAAGAACGACCAGAACGGCGGCGGCGAGGUCGCCAAGACGGCGGAGGGCACGACGCCCAUCCCCCAGCCCAAGGAGACCAUCUUCCUCGGCAACCUGCUCGACCUCGACCUGAACGACAAGAUGGGCUCGCUGUGCCGGCUUGCGGCGUUGUACGGCGAGAUCUACCAGCUCAAGCUCAAGGAGUAUGUCGUCUUCCUCUCGUCGCAGCGCCUCGUGCACUACAUCUGCAACGAGCAGAAGUACCACAAGUUCAUCUCGCAGCCGCUCAAAGAGGUGCGCGCGUUUGCCGGCGAUGGUCUCUUCACGAGCUACACCGGCGAGCACAACUGGGAGCUUGCCCACCGCAUUCUAGUCCCCGCAUUCAGCCCUGUCGCCAUCCGCAAGAUGCAGCCGAUGAUGUGCGACGUCAUCACCCAGAUGCUCAUGUUCUGGGAGCACCACGCUGGCCAGCCCUUCGAGGCCGCCGACCAGUACACCCGUCUCACCUUUAACCGCUCGUCUCGCCCGGACCUGAUCCAGGCGAUCAUGCUCGGCAGCGAGCGCGAGUACCGCGAGGACACGAAGGAGCUGUGGCGCCAGUGUGACGAGAUUGUGGCCGAACGUCGCCGUCACCCGGACCCCGAGGCUCACGACUUGCUCAACAAUAUGAUCCUCGACAAGGACCCGAAGACGGGCGAGCACCUGUCCGACGAAAACAUUCGCUUCCAGAUGGUCACCUUCCUGAUCGCGGGACACGAGACGACCUCGGGCCUGCUCUCCUUUGCGACGUACUACAUGCUCAAGCACCCCAACAUCUUCCAGAAGGCGCGCGAGGAGGCGGACCGCGUCAUUGCCGAGGCGGGCGGCAACCUCCUCAAGAUCAACCCCUCGCACCUGACCUACAUCGAGGCUUUGCUCAAAGAGAGUCUGCGUCUCCAGCCGACCGCGCCGGCUUGGGCGGUCACCCCCGUUUCCGAGGAGGGCGACAUUCUCCCCGGCGGCUUCAAGGUCAACUACGGCCAGUCCAUCGCCGUGCUCCUGCCCGCGCUCGGACGCGACCCGGAUGCCUGGGGACCCGACGCGGACGAGUUCAAUCCCGAGCGCUGGCUUGACGGGCGCGAGAUCAAGGAGGACGCGUGGAAGCCGUUCGGCAACGGUGCGCGCGCGUGUAUCGGCCGUAUCUUUGCGAUGCAGGAGGCCAUUCUCGCUGUUGCGCUCAUCGUGAACCGUUUCGACCUCACGAUGGCCGACCCCGAGUACGACCUCGCCAUCAAGCAGACGCUCACGAUCAAGCCCAAGGACUUCAACAUCAUCGCGCACCCCCGCAAGAACAAGAACCAGUCGCUCCUCUCCGAGCUCCUCGCCGGCGGCACCGCGAGCACCAAGAAUGACAAGGUCGACACGGCUUCGCACCAGCAGUCCUCCGCUGCCGUGGCCAAGAACGGCGAGAAGAUGUAUGUCUACUACGGCUCGAACUCGGGUUCGUGCGAGGGCCUCGCGCGCGAGGUCGCCGCCGAGGCCAAGGCCAAGGGCUUUGACGUCACGCUUGGCGAGCUCGAUACGGCGUGCACGAGCGGCAAGCUGCCGACCGACGGCCCCGUCGUCAUCGUAACGGCGUCGUACGAGGGCCAGCCGACCGACAACGCGCGCAUCUUUGUCGAGGCGCUCAAGAACCUCCCCGACGGCUCCGAGAAGGGCGUCAAGUACUGCGUCAUGGGUGCCGGCCACCACGACUGGGCGGCGACGUUCCACCGCAUCCCCAAGUUUAUUGACGAGCGCAUCGCGCAGCUCGGCGGAGAGCGCUUCAUGCCCCUCUCGCUCGGCGAUGCCGGUGGCGACAUUCUCGAGGACUUUGAGGACUUCAAGGAGAAGCUCUGGGACCACUUCAAGGGCUCGAACCCCACGCCGAGGGGUGGUGUCAAGGUCGAGGCGCCCGAGGAGGACAUCAAGGGUGGCGCUCCCCUAAGCCCCGAGAUGAAGAUGAAGAUUCUCCGGCCAAGCAUCCUCACCGAGGCGACGCCCAACUGUCCUCAGACCAACUAUGUCACGAUCAAGCUGCCCGAGGGCCUGCAGUACCGCGCGGGCGACUACCUCGCUGUCCUGCCCAAGAACCCAGAGCCCACCGUCGAGCGCGCACUCAAGCUCUUCAACCUGGACCCGAACGACAACAUUGUGCUGAACAUGCCGACGUCGUCGCUCCCUAGCGGCGUGCCCAUCCGCAUCGGCGACCUGCUGUCGUCGUAUGUCGAGCUCGGUCUUCCCGUGUCGAAGCGUGUGCUCCCCAAGCUUGAGCAGUUCUGCGCCGACCCGCUCGACAAGCAGCGCAUCAAGGCGCUCGAGGACAACUACACGCAGGCGGUCACCGAGCCGCGUCUCGCGCUCGCCGACCUGCUCGAGCAGAUCCCGGGCUGCAAGCCGCCAUUCGGUUUCUUCCUCUCGACCCUGCCCAAGAUGAAGAUCCGCCAGUACUCCAUCUCGUCAACGCCGCUGAAGAACCCCGAGGAAGUCUCGCUUACUUUCACUGUGCACACCACCCCGAGCAAGACGGGCAAGGGCUCGUACCUCGGCGUCGCGAGCAACUACAUUGCCUUCCUGGAGCCGGGAGACUGCCUGAACUGCACCGUCAAGUCGUCGCAGGAGUUCCACCCGCCGGUCGACCCCGCCGUCCCCAUUGUCAUGUUCGCGGCUGGAUCGGGCAUCGCCCCGUUCCGCGGCUUCAUCGAGGAGCGCGCGUUGCAGAAGGCGGCUGGACGCGAGGUGGGCAAGACCGUGCUCUACUUUGGCGUGCGGACACCGAACGAGAUCUACCACAAGGACAUGCUCGCCGAGUGGGUCGAGAGCGGCGCGCUCGACUUCCGGCCCGUCCUCUCGCGCUCGGACGCGACCGAAAUCCCGGGCUUCCCGAAGGACAAGGUCCACACCGUUCCUGGGUGCAAGUAUGUGCAGGACCGCGUCGCUAAGGAGAGCGACGACAUUGUCAAGCUCUUUGAUGACGGCGCCCAGUUCUAUACUUGCGGAAGCGGAGCGCGCCUCGGCUCCGGCCUCAAGAAGGUCCUUCUUGACAUUAUCAAGGAGCAGCCGCGCUGCGCGGGCAAGGACCCGCAGCAGAUCCUCGACAAGCUCGCAAAGGACAGGUACAGGACUGACGUUUUCCUACUAACCCCUGGCCGGGGCUCGACCAACCACAAGCUGAGCAUUCCAGACCGACGAUUUCUACGCGCUGUCGCCCGACCGACCUCCGCCGACCCAAGCACCGGAUCAUGCAUCACCUCGACUUGGGCUCGACUACUUCUUGCCACCUCUUCCUCCAUCUCCAUCGUUGAUUAUUCUCCAACUCGUCUACUCACACCCGGUCUGCGCCCUUCAUCUAGACGUGUAGACACUACAAGUGACUGCCACCGACCUCACGCCACUACUGCUACCAUGUCGUUCCCCGUCCUCCGCAACUCUGCGCUGCUCGCGCGCAGCAUGCCCCGCGCGAUGCCCAUGGGCGUGCGCUUCCGCUCGACUGCACCUGUCCGUGCCGCGGUCAGCUCGACGACGCCGUCCAUGACCACCCCGCCGGCAUUCCUCGGCGACGCCAACGCCGCCGCCGGCCCCAGCACCGGCAUCAAGCUCGAGGCGUCGCCGCCCCCGCCGCGCCCGAGGCGCAAGAUUGCGAGCAAGAAGGCUCCCCUGACCAUGACGCCGGAAGCCAUCAAGCGCCUCGAGGCGCUGCAGGCGAACCCAGCCGAGCCCAAGUUCCUGCGCAUCGGCGUCAAGACGCGCGGCUGCGCCGGCAUGGCGUACCACCUCGACUACGUCCCGCAGCCGGGCAAGUUUGACGAGGUCGUGGAGCAGGACGGUGUGCGCGUGCUCGUCGACUCGAAGGCGCUAUUCUCCAUCAUCGGCUCCCGCAUGGACUGGCGGGAUACCAAGCUCAGCGCGGGAUUCGUGUUUGACAACCCGAACAUUGUCGACACGUGCGGGUGUGGCGAGAGCUUUCUGAGCGAAAGGAGCAUCGUGUAUUAG